GUGGGUGAUCUACCGCCAGGUGUGCCACCACGCCCUGCGCGCCGCCGCGGCCCCGGCGGCGCGCCGCGGGAGAGGGAGUCUGCAGGAGCCGCUGCUGAGCCGGCCCGACAAACCCAGGGCGCCGCCGCCGUACCGGCAGUCCAUGACGGAUUCCCAGGGCCGCGUGAUCACGUUCGAGGGCUACAGGGACUCCCCGCUCGGCGGGUGCGUCUCGUGGCUGCUGCCCACGACCACGGGUGUGAUCCUCGCCGUCUUUGCCGUGGUCCUCUUCGACUACUAUCCUGGUCGGCCGGCGCCGCUCCGGCGCUCAUGCCUUCCCGACUUUUUUCCCUUUCUCACUCCCUUCUCCUCCUUCCGCCGUCCUCCUCUUUCUCCC